AAGUGCUAGUCGAAAGUUCACUGGCUAUAGUGGCGCUCGAAAGUUCACUAGCCAUAAUCUUCGAGGAUAAGUUAACAUUUGUUUCACAUCCUCCUAUCUUGUUCCGCAAAUAUAAAUUUGUGACGAAUGACGAUGAUGACGAAUUUUGGGCGGAUGACGAGGAUGACGAGGAUGACGAAUCCUGUGAUGAUGACGAUGAUUGGUGGGAUCCUAGAAAAACAUAUACAGGGUGGGAUUAUAUAGCUCAUUUUGGCGAAGAUAGUUGGGACAAACUUUAUCAAGCCCGGUUGGCUCGUCAUCGUAAUAUUCUUCUUAGACUAUUUACCAGGCGUCUUCCUAAUUUAUCUGAGCAUGAAAGAAAUGGAUUGUUUGACGCAUUUUCUAGAUCUAGGGAAUUUGGAAUAGAUGAACACAAUUCAUUACUAGACGCGUUAGCUCAUCCUAAGGAAGGAUUAAACCUCUCAAAAUAUGAUGAACUCGGAUUAUAUUAG